GCCUGGGGACGGGGCCCUCUGGGGGGCGGGGCUAGGGGACGCUCGGGGGGCGCUCGGCUAGUCCCGCCAGAGCGCGAGACGCCAGGUCGUAACCGUCGCCAGGGUGAGGGGCGGUAGGGAAAGAAGAGGGGGUUAAAUUAUAUUUUUUAAAACGGAGAGCCAGAGGCAUCGGCGGCCCAGGUGUCGCAGCUUCCUGCUACACAGGGCUUGGCGUCCAGGUCCCUCCCUCCUCACGCCCCCUCCCCUUCUCCUGCCCUCCCCUCUGGAGCCCUGCGGCGCUUAAGAGGCGGCUUGCGGCGAUCGGGCGGCCCCUGCGGCCCGGGCGGCUGCGGAGAAGGAGGGAGGGAAACACAAAGCCGGCUGCGCGCUGCGAGAUAACAAGGGCAAUCCACAGACUUGAAACAUGAGUUCAGAUGCCAGCCAAGACGUGAUUACCACUCCUCCUCCUCCCAGCAUGCCUCACAAAGAAAGAUAUUUUGACCGCAUCAAUGAAAAUGACCCAGAAUACAUUAGAGAGAGGAACAUGUCUCCUGAUCUACGACAAGACUUCAAUAUGAUGGAACAGAGAAAGCGAGUUACUCAGAUCCUGCAAAGUCCUGACCAGUGAUAUUCUAUUUCCAAAUGAAUACAUUUCUCAAUGGAGAAAUUCUAAGCCUUUCGGGAAGACCUGGAAUGCCUUAUUCAAGAACAGAUGAAGAAGGGCCACAACCCAACUGGAUUACUAGCAUUGCAACAGAUCGCAGAUUACAUCAUGGCCAACUCUUUCUCGGGCUUUUCUUCACCUCCCCUCAGUCUUGGCAUGGUCUCACCUAUCAAUGACCUUCCUGGUGCAGACACUUCCUCAUAUGUGAAGGGAGAAAAACUCACCCGUUGUAAACUUGCCAGCCUGUACAGACUUACGGACUUGUUUGGAUGGGCACACCUGGCAAAUACAUACAUCUCAGUAAGAAUAAGUAAGGAGCAAGACCACAUUAUUAUAAUUCCCAGAGGCCUAUCUUUUUCUGAAGCCACAGCCUCCAAUUUGGUGAAAGUCAAUAUAAUAGGAGAAGUGGUUGACCAGGGAAGUACUAAUUUGAAAAUUGACCAUACAGGAUUCAGUCCCCAUGCUGCAAUCUAUUCAACACGUCCUGAUGUGAAGUGUGUGAUACACAUCCAUACCCUUGAAACAGCAGCUGUAUCCUCCAUGAAGUGUGGGAUCCUUCCAAUUUCUCAAGAGUCCCUUAUCCUGGGAGAUGUCGCCUAUUACAACUACCAAGGAUCUCUUGAUGAACAGGAGGAGAGAAUUCAACUGCAGAAAGUUCUUGGGCCAAGUUGUAAGGUGCUGGUCCUCAGGAAUCAUGGUGUGGUAGCACUUGGAGAAACAGUGGAGGAGGCUUUUCAUUAUAUUUUUAAUGUGCAGAUGGCCUGUGAGAUUCAGGUGCAGGCAUUAGCAGGGGCAGGUGGAGUAGACAAUCUGCUUGUGCUGGACCUUCAGAAGUAUAAAGCUUCUACUUACACUGUAGCAGCAUCUGGAGGAGGAGGCGUGAAUAUGGGUUCCCAUCAAAAAUGGAAGGUUGGCGAGAUUGAGUUUGAGGGGCUGAUGAGAACUCUGGACAAUCUGGGGUAUAGAACAGGCUAUGCUUACAGGCAUCCUCUCAUUCGAGAAAAGCCAAGGCACAAGAGUGAUGUGGAAAUCCCAGCAACUGUGACUGCUUUUUCCUUCGAAGAUGACACAGUGCCACUCUCUCCUCUCAAAUACAUGGCCCAGAGGCAGCAGCGUGAAAAAACAAGAUGGCUGAACUCUCCGAACACCUACAUGAAAGUGAAUGUGCCUGAGGAGUCUCGGAAUGGGGAAACCAGUCCCAGGACCAAAAUCACAUGGAUGAAAGCAGAGGACUCCUCUAAAGUCAGCAGUGGAACACCUAUCAAAAUUGAAGAUCCAAAUCAGUUUGUUCCUUUAAACACCAACCCGAGCGAGGUACUAGAAAAGAGAAAUAAGAUUCGGGAACAAAACCGAUAUGACUUGAAAACAGCAGGACCACAGUCUCAGUUGCUCGCUGGAAUUGUUGUGGAUAAGCCUCCUUCUACCAUGCAAUUUGAUGAUGAUGAUCAUGGCCCACCAGCUCCUCCCAACCCAUUCAGUCAUCUCACGGAAGGAGAACUUGAAGAAUAUAAGAAGACAAUCGAACGUAAACAACAAGGCCUAGAAGAUGCUGAGCAGGAAUUACUCUCAGAUGACGCUUCAUCUGUUUCACAAAUUCAGUCUCAAACUCAGUCACCGCAAAAUGUCCCUGAAAAAUUGGAAGAAAACCAUGAGCUGUUUUCCAAGAGCUUCAUCUCCAUGGAAGUGCCUGUCAUGGUAGUAAAUGGCAAAGAUGAUAUGCAUGACGUUGAAGAUGAGCUUGCUAAGCGUGUGAGUAGGUUAACUACAAGCACGACCAUAGAAAACGUCGAGAUUACCAUUAAGUCUCCAGAAAAAAUUGAAGAAAUCCUGUCACCUGAAGGCUCACCUUCAAAAUCACCAUCCAAGAAAAAGAAGAAGUUCCGCACUCCUUCUUUUCUGAAAAAAAACAAGAAAAAGGAGAAAGUUGAAGCCUAAAUAAAGUCUUUUUAUAAUUAUUAUUAUUACAAUGUGACAUUGCACAUUUAAAUACCACAUUUAAGUUGAUAUUAAUGCAGUGGUAGAUCAGAUUGGGGGUAUGUAGCAAACUGGACUUUAAGAACUGGAAAGAGGUUUUACUAAAAGAAAAACAUAUUAUGAAAAAAAGCCUUUUCAUCUCUCAUUUUAUAUGUCCAAAAAAUGACUUUGAAUUUUUAAACAAUUGCUAGAUUUAAUUAACUCUGCCCUCAUGAAGUAUGUUAUAAUCACCACAAACAGAUAUCUGUCUGAAUUACUUCAGGCCUUCUCCAUAAUAUCUGUUAGAAAAAAAUUGCCAGUGAACAAGUGAGAAUUUUUAUUUCUCAACAUUUGUUUCACUUGGUAAUCAGAUUAUAAUUUUUUAUCAUAAUUUUUGACUGUAUCUUUUGGGUCCCCAUUGUUUCAAUGGGCAUUAACAGAAUGCUUUAAAAGCUUCUAAGACAAGAAUCUAUAGCAUUAGUAUACACUGGCACAUAAUUUUUUUUAAAGUUUUAAGAAAAGAUUCGUUUGGAAUUUUAUUCACAGUAUAAAAUUUCCUCACCUGAAGUAACCUUGUUUGCCAAAAAAAGCUGUUUUAGUAAACUAUAAUUUUUGAAAACUUCCUUUUUUUAUUAGUUUAGAAAGCCCCUUAUUUUUCAACAAAGGGGAUUUUGUACACAUAACAUGGGUUAUUUAGUUUAACUCUGGCAAAAACAAUUUUUGUAUGUUAAGAUGUUUGUAUACCAUUCAGUAUAAAGUGUCCUAUGCAUAUUAGCCAAUCAUUUAACAGUAGAGCAUAUUUAAGUCUGCUUGGUACUGAGUAUACUUAAAUAUAAUUCAAGAAUCCAGGGACUUGGUAUCAAAAGGGGAUUAGAGCAUUAAAGGUACAUCUAGAUUCGUAUUUGAAUCAUAUACUUUAUUUUUCUUAGUAUUGCUAAUGAAUAAAGAAAAUCUCUUAAGGUAACCAAAUGAAAACGAAUGAAAGGGAAAGUGAAAAGGGAACAAAAGGUGGAAUGUGAAAAGAAGAAUUCUAGUUUGAUUACAACUGAUAGGCACACUAUAGUGUGAUUUAUUCGAAACAUGUCCCAAAUUUUUAAAAUUCUGUUUUUCUGCCAGAAUCAAUGACUUUCUUAGUUGAUAUUUGCAUUUUAAAAGGGUCAUUUCCUUCUAACUUGUGUUAUCUUUAGAGGGCAUCACUAGAAGAAAUCAGUGGGUCUAAUCCUACGAAUAAGAAAAAACUACCACUUCUUCAUUUUUACAGAUUUUUAAAAAAGAAUCUUCUCAGUUAAUUUUCUCUCUAAUGUAAAUACAAAUUUAAACCUAGGCAUAAUAUAGGCUUUUCCCUCUUCACCCAAGUCAUGUCAUAAAUCAAUGUAAAAUCGAUAAUCCAAAAUGAUCCAUGGGUAAAAAUAACCCGGAGCGUUUCUGGAGGGUGAGUUGGCAUGCAACAGUGACAUUGAUUACAGUGUGUCCUGAGGCUGGUUCUGUUUGACUGUGUAUGACCAUGCAAAGUUGAAACGGAGCCUGGAAAUGUCAUUCUAGAUCUCAAACUAACUACUGGAAUUAGUGUUUUAAUCUCUUAGUGGAAACUUUCAGUUGCUUAACUCUGUAUUUGAGGAUUUUUUUUUACGUUCUACAUCAUUUAUGUUGUACUACAAUGUAUGUAGAAACAGUAACCUGUGAACUAUGCUUUUCCAUAACUUUUUAAAAAUAUAUAUAUCUAAAUGAAUGCAAUGUGCAUAAAUAUUUUUUAAACGCAACAGUGAACUAUUGCACCUUUUGCUAAUGCCUCUAUUUACUUGCUUUGGCAUAAAGAAUGAGCCAAUGAACCUCUGUGUCCUGUGGAAAAAUGUAUAAAUGUUAUCUGAUAUUGCUCUUAGAUGUAAUGCUAAUUAAUGUUAAAUCACAAAUAAACCGUAUUUUAAAUAUA